AUGCGCGGGCAUUCCCCUCCUAGUUAUCUCCAUAUGAAUGAGUUUGAUGGAGUGAUACCAGCCUCAAUCUCAAAUGCAUCUCAACUGACAAUUUUGACAUUGAGUACAAACAAAUUCAGUGGUCCAAUUCCAAACUCCCUUGGAAACCUGAGACUUCUAAGAUUGCUGGAUCUCUUUGAAAAUCAUUUGACAACUGAAACUUCAUCAAGAGAAUUGAGCUUCAUCAAUUACUUGACAAAUUGUAUGUAUCUAACACUGAUAGCUUUUGGUGACAAUCCACUGCACGGUUUUCUUCCAGUAUCAGUUGGGAAUCUCUCAACUUCUAUUGAGAAAUUCUAUGCGUAUGAUUGUGGAAUCGAGGGAAGCAUUCCAGAAGCAAUUGCGAAUUUGAGCAAUCUAUUGGUUUUGAGUCUAUAUGGAAAUCAACUAAGUGGACCAGUUCCCGUCAGAGUGAAACAAUUGCAAAACCUCCAACUUUUAAGUUUCUUUUCUAAUCAACUGAGUGGUUCAAUUCCAGAUAGUCUUUGUGAGUUAAAGAGCUUGUUCGGUUUACAUCUGGAGGAAAAUCAGCUUCAUGGGUCAAUACCAUCAUGCUUGGGUAAUGUUAGUUCUCUGAGAGAAAUUAGCUUUGCUGGGAACUUAAUAAACUCGAGCAUACCUGCUAGCUUGUGGAACCUCACUGAUCUCUUGCUCUUGAAUCUGUCCUCUAAUUCCUUGAUUGGCUCACUACCUCAGAAAAUUGGAAGCUUGAAGGCAGUAACACUAAUGGAUUUGUCAGGAAAUCAUCUUAGUGGGAAUAUUCCAAGUUCGAUUGGAGGUUUGCAAAGUCUAGCCAAUCUUUCUUUAGCACAAAAUGAACUUGAGGGACCUAUUCCAGACUCACUCAGUCAUAUGUUAAGCUUGGAACUUUUGGACCUAUCCAAUAACAAUCUAUUAGGUUUUAUCCCAAAGUCCUUGGAGGCACUUUCAUAUCUCCAUUACAUUAAUCUUUCUUUCAACCACUUAAGAGGAGAAAUUCCGUCCAGUGGUCCAUUCGAGAACUUCACAUAUGAAUCAUUCAUAUUUAAUGAUGACUUGUGUGGUGCUCAAAGGUUUCAUGUUCCUCCUUGCAAUUCUCCUCGGAUUCACAAAUCGAGUCGAAAGAAAGUAUUUCACGUGUUAGGCAUUAUAUUGGGUAUUGUAGCAACAGUAAUUGCUGCUACAACUGCAGUAAUUUUAGUUUUAAGAUGCCGAAGGAAGGGUGAGGUUUCAAGAAAUACUGAUUUAUUGCCCAUGGGACUGCCAAAACCAAUUUCGUAUUAUGAACUCGUGCAAGCAACCAAUAACUAUGAUGAAAGCAAUUUACUUGGCAAAGGGAGUUUUGGAUCUGUAUAUAAAGGUAUUCUAACGGAUGGGAGAGUUGUUGCUGUAAAAGUUUUUACUUUCCUAGCAGAAGUCACUUCCAGGAGUUUUGAUACAGAAUGUGAAGUUCUACGCAACCUUCGCCAUAGAAACCUAACAAAUGAUAAGCAUAAUGAUGGAUGUUGCUUCCGCAUUGGAAUAUCUUCACUUUGGAUAUGCGACGCCAGUGAUUCACUGUGA